AUGGCUGCCGGUCUGAGGAAGCGUGCGCCAGGGACAACCCUGGCAGCGGACCCUGCUUCGGCGAGGGAUGCUGGAGGAAGAGGAGGAGGAUGCAGAAGAGGGGAAGAGGGAAGGCGUGCGAGAAGAAGGAGCAGGUGGCGGAGUGGAGCGCUAGGAAUGCCUGCAAAGUGUGCGCUGUCUGCGGGGAUGUUUUUACUCCUGCUCCGGUGCUCUUUGGCUGCAGAGGAAAAGAACAGCUAUGAUGCCUCUGGCUCCUCGUCUUUACCGAGCGACCCCGCAGUCCCAGCUGCUCCUGCUCACCCAUCGGCCCCCCAUUCAGAGGCUGGCUCCAAAUCUGAGGGGCAAGGCCUAUUGGGCCUUCCUGCCUUUUCGUCUGUCUUAACUGUCAUGGCGGAAACUGUCAAACACCCAGAGAGCCUUGGUCACAGAACCUCCCCGACACUCUCCACUGAUAUCAACAUCACCCAAUGGCCUUCACACGGUUCCAGCCAAGACUCAGAGGCGCCGUCUUCGUCAUCCCCAGGUCGUUCAUUGGCGGAGAGGGACAAGUUAACCGCUGGGACAUCUCGAGUGGCUGCGCCUUCUAAUUCUACCGGAAUGAGUCCUCCUGGGCUUACUGAGAGGACAUCUCAGGUAUCACCUCUGACUGCUCAACAGGACACCAACACAACAUCCGUGCAGUUCAGCACCACAAGCUUGGCUGCAAGCACCACUGCAACAAUGCCCCACAGUUCAACGCCUUGGCAAAGAGUUACCACCACAAUACAGUCAACCCCUAAAACCUCAGUGCUUCCUAUGACCAUCUCCUGGAAAACAACAAGCACCACAACCAUCAGGGCACCAUUCACCAGGAGAAUAUUCAUACCGCCCAUCCUGAGGACGAGCCCCCCGAGAGAAGGCGCUACUGUCUUCAUCUCCCCUUUUACCACCACCACUGAAGCUCCGCCUCAGCAGUGCAAUAUUACGGAAAGAAUGUGGGUGAAAACAGUUGUGUCAAUCUAUGUAAGGAGGAACAGACUGGACAGCAUCCAAAGGCAGAAUCUGCGCCGGGGACUCAGUCAAGGCCUCCGGAAAGCUCUGAAUGAUAGCUCAGCCCAAGCACAGGUGGAGACUGUAUUUGGUUCACCUAACAUGACGGUGGCUUAUCAUGUGACUGGGAGAGACAUGGUUUACGUCCCCUCCAUGGUGCUUUCGGGCUUGGAUGCAUAUGGUCGUGAUAAGCUGAUUGCAGACCUGCGCCAGUACCUCCCCAUGGUUACAGCACUUCCCAUUCCUGUUGCAAUGUGGAGAACCAGCCCGGCUUCUGGCUUCCAGCUUAAAACAGUUCUGCAGUUUGUGGGAGCUGCUGAUGAUCCACGCUCCUGCCAGUUUUCCCAAAUGAUGGAAGAGAGGCUGCAGAAGGUUUUUUCUGAAGCACAUGCCAAAGUGCUCAGUGUCAACAGCAAACUGUCUGUGCAGAUGCUGACUGUUUCCCAGGCUGCAAGCUCUUCUCCUGUGUCAUUGGUUUACAGUGUGAAAAAUGGGACUGUCUUCCUUAAUGGCACCACUGCUUCAAACCUCCUUGGUCAGCUGUCCUCUGAGUUGGUGGGCUACUUCCUCUUCUACCCCCCACUUAUUGUUGCUGAACCAUUGGAAUAUCACAACCUAAACACCUCUAUUGCCACCCGAGACUUUUGGGUUAUCACAGUAAUCCAGGAUGUGGAUAACGCCAGCCUGGCCGAACUGUACCAAAGCUUUGCCAGUCUGAUGGAGCAGAGGCUUGCCGAGUUGUUUGUGCUGGCAGGCCAGCAGGGCACUCGCUUCAAACGAGCUACCGCUGUCGGCAGCUACACUGUCCAGAUGGUGAGUCUCAGAAGAGUGCCCGGAUUGAAGAAUCCAGCAGAGAUGACCUACUAUGUUCAGCACAAUGGCAUUCCUUUAGCGGGUGCGUCAGCUGCCAAGGUCCUCAACACGGUGGAUUCUCAGACCAUGGCGCUCACCCUGGGCUACUUUGUUCAGCUGCAAGCAGAACCUGUUGUCAAGAACCCUCCAAAUAACCUUUGGAUCAUCGCUGCAGUGUUGGCGCCCAUUGCUGUUGUGACACUCAUCAUCCUCGUAAUCACAGCGGUGCUGUGCAGAAGAAACAAAAAGGACUACAAAGCGGAUGCAAUCGGAAACCUCAAUCCACGAGCAAAGAUGGCCUACCGGAGGGACGUCAACUACUAUCACCAGCCGGUUCAAGGGUUUGACUAUGCCAAGCAGCAUUUGGGGCAGCAGGGAGGCGACGAGGAGACCCUACCACCUGGUCAAGACACUUUGAUGUUGUCCCUGAAAAUUCGGGAUGCGCCACUCUCACUGGAGAAGACCUUGAAACAUGAGGGCACAGUCAACAAGGGGAACGUUACCAGUCACAAACACAAAAGCAAGUUGUUGAGUGAGGACGGUUCCGUCAUCAGCAGCGAAUCAGAGCUGCGGAAUUCCGUGCGGGGCUUGGCGGCGCCGAAAGUCACAGCGCAGCAGAAAACGACAAAGGAGGAGGCGCGCAAGAGAGACGAUCCUUAUGACACUUCCUCUGGCUCCCUGCAGCUUAUUUCGAUAAAGCCCAUGACGGCUCAGCUCAACUACUUGCAACAUGUUCCUUCUGACCGUGACUCAUCCAUGCUUAACGGAGAGGUGAAUUUAGCCCUCAAGCAGCGGUCGGACAUGGAACAAUACAGGAAUAAGCUGAGAAUCAAGGCCAAGAAGAAGGGCUAUUAUGACAUUCCUCCCAUGGACGGCAGUAGUUACAGCAGCCAACCCCUUUCGCAAAGACAGCGGCACGGCCACAAGAAGGCGGAGCUUGAGGAGGAGCGAAAUGCCACCUUUGUCAAGUCACAAGUGAGGCACAAUCAGGUAGGGAAGACAUCAUAUCGCAGCAGACAGAGUCUGAACAGUCCAGGUCCCGGAGGAACUGAGAUGGAUUUGCUCGUGAUGAGGGAAAGACCCAGGAAAGGCAUCCGGAACAGCGGCUAUGAUACCGAGCCUGAGUUGAUUGAAGAAACAAACGUCGACCAUUUAACGGAUCAGAGGGACUUCGUGUACGGCCGCAGUCUGAAAGGCCAGUCACAGACGUCUACCCUGAGCUCACAGCCAUCCAUUGAUGAAGUGCGGCAGCAGAUGCACCUGCUCCUGGAGGAGGCAUUCAGCCUGGCCUCGGGGGGGCACUCAACAUCCGGGAGGCACUCCCACCACCACCGCCCACCUCCCGAGCAAUACAGCGGCAUUCCAGCUUCCCUUCCCUAUACAGAUGUGGUAACCAGUGCCCCGGGCACCAUAAACUGUGGUCGUGGAGGACUGCAGUGGAGUCCAUCUUACGGAGCAGAUGUGUACCAGUGCAGUUUGCCCAAGCCAGCCUUUCACUUCACCCAGCUGCCUGAAAUGGCAAUUAGCUCUCCUCCUCCUUUACCACCUCGCACUGGACCACCUCCUGGCACCUCCUUAAGACGUUCCAUCUCUGACCUGGGGCCCAAGGGAAGAAGCUCUCAGACAUCUGUCAGUGAAACGCAGACUCCACAUGACAACAACCCAUAUGGGCCAAGCUCUCGGGCAGCACUUCCAUCCAUCACUUUAGAGCACCCUGUGUCCAACUACUCAGGAAACCCGAUAACAGCCGUCUAUUCCAUCCCAGCAAGCAGGCCGGAUUACUCAGACUAUAUUGUCUCCGCCUCGCCCACCUCCUACCACAGUCCCUCUUGGAUGUCCUAUCCUCCAGAACCGGAAGAUGUCCCACAUCAGUGGACAGACUCUCUUCCUUUGCCGGGUUAUGUGGAGGCUUUUCCUCAUCCUCGUUACCCACAGGGGAGCUCAUCCAUACUUCCCCUACAAUACACUCAAGCUCUGGACCAACAGCCUGCCACCCAGAGCACAGCAUCCCAGAAAAGCUUACAGCAGGGGAUGGACACGGACAACGUUCCCCUGAGCAACCUCUCCACCUCUGCACUUGUACAUGCUAUACGACAAGAGGUGGCCAAGCUGGCAAAGAAGCAGAGUGAAAUGUUUGACUUCUAGUAUGGAUCCUGCCCUCCCUUGUUAAUGUUGCAUUGGCCCACGACAGACUUAUGAAAGUGGCCCUCUUUCAGACUGAUUUUUGAUGUUUGUACUGUAAAAUGACCAGAUCUUGUUAAUCCAUUAACUGAUUGAUUUAUUUUCUUACACCAGUCAGCUGCUAGCAUAAAGCAGCUACGCAAUUGUUGUUUUAUU